AUGAACGUGAAUCUUGAUAUAGAUGACAUCUUUCCUGAUGGGGGUUUGACUGAUAGUCAUAGAGAAGAAUUUGCAAUUGAUGAUCUUGAGACACUUGCAUUUCUUGAGUGGGGACAUCAUUAUAUUUUGGAAGUUUUGAAUGGGAAUCCAAGGAAUUCUCGCAAGUUAUUCCGAAUGGAGGUUGAUGCCUUCCGCGCAUUAUGCAGCUUGUUACGUUCAAAUAGAUUUUUGAAUGAUACUAGAAAAGGGGUGACCGUCGAAGAACAAUUAGGCAUGUUCACAUUGGUAGUGGCAACUGGAGACGAACAACGGAUUGUGGGGCAUCGAUUUCAACAUUCAACGGAAACUAUUAAGUCCCAUGUAAGGAAAGUUAUGCAGGCCCUGUGUAGGCUUGGGACACAUCUUAUUUACCCAACCCACACAUUCGGGGUGCACCCAACAAUUGUAGGCAAUUCGAGAAAUUAUCCUUGGUUUGAGGGAUGCAUUGGAGCAAUUGAUGGGACCAUGAUCGACGCCAUUGUACCUGUAGAGGUGCGUGAGGCAUGUCGCAACCGGCAUGAAAUGAUGACAUCGAAUGGCUGGUUGUUCGAGAACUGGAGAAAUAUGGAGCUCAAUCCAAGCGGUCGUGCAUGUAGUGAUGUCGCAGCUUCAGCACGUCAUCCUGACAUGACCGUCGAAUCAGCCCGGGUUAUGGCUGCAAUUAGGAAUGACAUUGCCAUUCGUAUGUGGGAAGCUAGGGGUGGUCAUUGA